AUGGAGCCGCUGCUCGUCUUCCGCUUCCUCCUCCUCCUCCUCCUCGUGGCCGUGGCCAGCGGCGCGCCGGCACCCGACGGCGACUUGUACUACAACGCGAGCAUGUGCCAUAAGCCCUUCACCUGCGGCCCCAACGUGGACAUCCACUACCCGUUCCACCUCGCCAACGAGUCCUCCAAGGUGCUCGACGGCGCCGUGCCCAGCUCCUCCUACUGCGGCUACCCGGGCAUGGCCAUCCUCUGCUCCGCCAACAACACCGCCACCCUGCAUCUCGGCAACGUCAGCUUAUACACCGUGCAGGGCAUCGACUACGCCAACAAGACCAUCACCCUCGCCGACGCCGACACGCUCCUUCUUCCCUCCGCCACGUGCCCCAGGGUCAAUCGCAACGUCACCAUCCCUAAAUCCCCGGCCAGCAUGCUCGAGUUCUCCGCCGCGGACACCGGCUACCUCUCCUUCUUCUUCGGCUGCGCCGACCCGCGGCCGCCGCCCGGCAUCGUGCCGAUCAACUGCACUACCGGCUUCUUCGACGACGGAUCAUUACCAUCCUACCUCGCCCCGACGGCUGACGCGCCCGAGGGGGACUGGUUCGUGCGGGCGUCGUGCAAGGAGGUGUACGUGGCGCCCGUGCUGAAGCGCCUGCUGCUGAGCCCGGAGGUGUACGGAAGGCUCGGGAGCGACGGCGGGUACGGGGAGCUGCUCCGGCAAGGGUUCCGGCUCACCUGGGACCCCAGCGCCGGGCCGUGCGUCGAGUGCGAGAGAUCCAGGGGCCAGUGCAGCUACGACCAGGGAGGCGGGUUCCUCGGCUGCUUGUGCUCCGACGGCCGCGUGCGCACGCCGGACUGCGGAGCGAAGAAAGGGGACACAAAGGUAAUAGCGAUAGGACUCCCCGUAGCUGCCGCGGUUCUGCUGUUGCUUCUCCUGGUGGUGUCGUUCUUGUACGUCCGCAAGAGAAGGCAGUACAAGACGACCUCGUCCUCAAGGCUCCUCAAGCACACAGCCUCCGGCGGGACGCCACGCUCCAGGUGCAGCAGCAACGACCUGGAGUCCGGCGGCAGCGUCCACAACCUGCCGACGCACCUCUUCGCCUACGAGGAGCUGGAGGAGGCCACCGACGGCUUCAGCGCCGCCCUGGAGCUCGGCGACGGCGGCUUCGGCACCGUCUACAAAGGGCAAUUACGGGACGGGCGCGUGGUGGCGGUGAAGCGUUUGCACAACAAGAGCAGGAGCUGCCGGCACGUGGGGCAGUUCGUGAACGAGGCGGCGAUCCUUUCCCGGAUGCGGCACCCGAACCUGGUCACCUUCUACGGCUGCACGUCGAGCCGCAGCCGGGAGCUGCUGCUGGUGUACGAGCACGUGCCCAACGGCACCGUGGCGGACCAUCUGCACGGCCCCCGCGCCCCAGAGCGCGCCCUGCCAUGGCCGGUCCGGCUGCGCAUCGCCGUGGAGGCAGCGUCCGCGCUGGAUUACCUCCACGCCGUGGACCCGCCCGUGGUGCACCGGGACGUGAAGACAAGCAACAUCCUCCUGGACACGGAGUUCCACAUCAAGGUGGCCGACUUCGGCCUCUCCCGGGAGCUCCUGGACGGGGGCGGCAAUGCCGCGCACGUCGUGGCCACGGCGCCGCAGGGCACCCCAGGGUACGUGGACCCGGAGUACCACCGGUGCUACCGGCUGACCGACCGCAGCGACGUGUACAGCUUCGGCGUCGUGCUGGCGGAGCUCGUGUCGUCCAAGCCCGCCGUGGAUGUCGGCCGGGACCGGGGGGACAUCAACCUGGCCGCCAUGGCCGUGGACAGGGUCCAGAGGGGGCUGGUGGGCGAGCUGGUGGACAUGGGGAUCGGGUAUGUCGAGGAUGGGGAGACGAGGAGGAUGGUGACGAUGGUUGCUGAGCUCGCGUUCCGGUGCCUGCAGCAGGACGGCGAGAUGCGGCCGCCCGUCAGGGAGGUGCUCGACGUGCUCAGGGGGAUGCAGCGGGAGGGCGGGAAGGUCGAAGACGGCGGCGUGCCCCGCUCCCCUGACACCGUGCACGCUCCUUGGGACAGCAGGAGCACCACUCCCAGCGUCAGCCAGUGAUUUUGUUCGUCAGGUUGCUGUAAAGUAUGUUUCGCUCGGAGGCUUGCGCCUGUUCGAUCGAACAGCGGAGGACUGUACAUAGUGACAACCUUUUUGUUUCUUCUUCUCCUUUUUUUUCUUUUUUGAAACCGUACGGUCGAGGACAUACGCUACUUGUAUUCAAGAUUAAGGAAGCGGAUUUGCCAGUUCUCGGUCGCCUGAGAAAUGGUAUUUCUCAGUCGAUGUUGUAGGCUGUUGGAUCGCGUGUUAAGAUUCGUGCUGGAGUUAGGUGGUUGGCGGCCAGCGUGAUCUGGUUGUAUGUCGCGAGUUCGAAUUUUGGACGUCGUUUUUCCUCUUUCUUUUUCUUCCAUUUUUCUUUUUUUCCUGUGUCCUGAUUUUUGUUUGUAGGGGUUGGAUAUUCCGUAUAUCAUAAUAGCACAUAUAUCUGUGAAUUUGCAAGUUUUUUAUAUCAAUGCCUAGCCUAAGGUAUUAGUGUUCGUAUCACUUACACCUUUUUUAGUACUCACU